AUGAGUCCUUUUAAUUAUCAGCUUCUUCCAGAGAUGACAUUAAAGUAUUAAGAUUUUUGUAAGGCAAUUGCUAUAAAUUUUGAUAAUUCGAUAGUAUUAUUGUCAGCAGGAACAAAAAUCAAUAUUUUUUAUUUCAAAGAAGGAUAUUUGAAACUACUUCAAAAAUUAAGAAAACAUUCUAAUUAUGUUCAUACAUUGAAUAUGUUUAGAAAUAAUUAAAAUUUUAUAUCUAGUGCAUCAGAUAGUUAAAUUUUUAUUUGGAACAUUAAUCUCAACUAAAACUCUAAAUAUCUAAUAAAAUUAAAGGAACAUUCAUAGAGUGUUAAUUGUUUAUUAAUUCGUUAGCCAUAAGAAGAUUUAAUCAUUAGUGGCUCUUCAGAUAAGAGUAUUAAGUUUUGGUCGUAAAAUUCAACUUCAACUAAAACUUGGUCUUGCUUUUAAACUAUUAAUAAACAUACUAGUGAUAUAUUUGGAAUGUCUAUAAAUGAAGAAGGCAAUAGAUUACUCUCUUGUGCAAAUGAUAAAACUAUUCUAAUUACCGAAUGUUAAAUGAAUGGAUUAUGGUGUAUAAAAUAAAGAAUAGAUGUUAAAAUCUCAGGUGGAAGAGUUACUUUCAUAAAAAAUGAAUUAUUUGUAUUUCUUCCGAAUAUCUCUCCUGAUGGAGAAACUUUCGAAGGUAGCGAAUAAAUUGAAUUAUAUAGAUUAAAUUAAUGCUCAUAACAAUAUAUAAAAUGCAAUACUAUCCCAAUUAAAGGAGGGGAUAAUGAUUGUACACCUUGUUUUCCCUAAUUAUAUAAUAAUAGCAAGUAAAUUUUGAUAUGCAAAAAUGGAGAAUAUGUAAAUUUUCUAUAAUUUGACGUUUUUCACUCUUUAGAAUAUUAGUGUAAAUUUUAAUUUGCAAUUAAUUUCUUUUCUAAUCGAACAUUUGGAACUCUUAGUUAAGAUGGAUAAUAUUUUAUAACUUGGUGUUAUAAAACUGAACAAAUUUAAAUUAGAAAAUUUAAAAACUGA